AUCUUCCAGAGACACAUGUGACCCAUCAUCCUGGAUAUAAAGGUGAUGUCAACCUGAGGUUUUAGGCCCUGGGCUUCUACCCUGCUGACAUCACCCUGACCUGGCAGAGGGAGGAGGAGGAACAGACUCAGGACAUGGAGCUGGUGGAGACCAGACCUUCUGGGGAUAGAACCUUCCAUGAGUGGGCAUCUCUGGUGGUGCCUUCUGGGGAGGAGCACAAAUACACAUGCCAUGUGCACCAUGAGGGGCUGCCUCUGCCCCUGACCCUGAGAUGGGAGCCUCCUCAGUCCAUGGUCCCCAUCAUGGCAGUCACUGCUGGUCUGGUUCUCCUUGGAGCUGUGAUCAUUGUAGCUGUGGUGGCUGUUGUGAGGAAGAGGAGGAGAAACACAGGUGGAAAAGGAGGGGACUGUUCUCAUGUUUUAGGUGACUUCCUACUCCCAUGGACUCCGAGAGAAAAGUCUAGAAGUCUCUGUGAAGACAGUUACAAACUAACGACCAUUCUUUGGUUCCCCCAAACCCUGAAGAUGGGCAUCCCUGUGCUCUGUUUGCUCCUACUGCUGGCUGCUGCCCAGGGCUCCGCCCAGAUACAGGCAGGCUCACACUCGCUGCGGUAUUUUGCCACCGCUGUUUCCCGGCCCGGCCUCGGGGAGCCCCGGUUCAUUGUCGUGGGCUACGUGGACGAUACGCAGUUCAUGAGCUUCGACAGCGACGCGGAGACCCCGAGGGCUAAGCCUUGCUUACCGUGGGCGGAACAGAUGGGGUCGGAGUACUGGGAGGGCCAGACGCUGAAAUUCAAGAAGGACACACAGAAUUUUCGAAAGUGCCUUCAGAACAUGCUCCACCGCUACAAACAGAGUCAGAAUGGUUCCCACACUAUCCAGGACAUGCAUGGCUGCUACGUGGGACCAGAUGGGUGUUUUCAACGCGGACACUAUCAGCAUGCCUAUGAUGGCCAUGAUUACAUCACCCUGAAUGAGGACCUGAGCUCCUGGACCGCAGCAGAUGGAGUGGCGCAGAACACUCAACGGGAGUGGGAGGAGGCUGGUGUGGCAGAGGUAUACAGGGCUUACCUGGAGGGUGCGUGCGUGGAAACACUCCGCAGAUUACUGGAGUACUGGAAGAAAACUCUUCAAUCCUCAGACCCUCCAGAGACACAUGUGUCCCAUCAUCCCAGAUCUAAAGGUGAUGUCACCCUGAGGUGCUGGGCCCUGGGCUUCUACCCUGCUGAUAUUGCUAUGACCUGGCAGAGAGAUGGCAAGGAACAGAUACAGGAUAUGGAACUAGUGGAGACCAGACCUGCAGGGGAUGGAACCUUCCAGAAGUGGGCAGCCAUGGUGGUGCCUUCUGGGGAGGAGCACAAAUACACAUGCCAUGUGGACCAUGAGGGUCUGCCUGAGGCCCUCACCCUGAGAUGGGAGCCUCCUCAGUCCAUGGUCCCCAUCAUGGCAGUCAUUGCUGGUCUGGUUCUCCUUGGAGCUGUGGUGGCUGUGGUGGCUGUUGUGAGGAAGAGGAGGAGAAACACAGGUGGAACAGAAGGGAACUAUGCUCCGGCUCCCAGCAGGGGCAGUGCUCUGAGUCCUGUCUUAUCUCUGGAGGCUUGAAAAGGCGACACCCUGGGCUGUUGGGAACUGUGGAUUUACUUUUUUUUCUCCUUUUUCUUUGUUGAGGUUUUGAGAUGAGAUUUCUCUGUAGCGUUGGAGCCUGCUAGGACUUGCCAGAUAGCCCAGAAUGGCCUUGAACUCACAGUUCUGCCUCCCAAGUGCUGGGUUUAAAGGCACUUGCCACCACCGCCAGACUGGAAACUCAGAACUUUCUAAAUAAACUUUAUAUGCAAUAACAUGAGUUUUCCAAGACUAAUACUUUGUUUAAACAUUAAAAUUUUACUACAAUUUCAUUACAUACAUUGCCUUUAAAUGAACUAUGUUUUAAAAAAUUAAAUUACCUUUAGUAACAUACUAUAUUUUGUAAACAAAGACGGAUUUGUAUAAAGGCAGAAAAAGAACUUUUUAAUGGCAGAUGAUAAUUAAAAAAUACCAUAUAGGAAUUCCAUUAAACGUGCUACUGGAGUGGC